AUGGCGAAUUUUACAGAUACCCCUUGCCCAGGCGUUGUGUCACGAAAAGACGGCCACCCAGUGGACUACGAGAUAUUCCGUCGCACCCCUGCUGGCGGACGGCUUAAUAAUCAAACGCAACCGCGUAAUUCUAUCGCUUUUAACGUGUUUGGAGAAUACGAUAUAUCCAAUAAUAGCUGUACAGACUUUGUCAUGGAGGUCGAAGAUGAACAUAAAAAAGACUAUAUAGUGCAGCCACUAGCAACGCUAGACUCGUAUCAGACCGGUUCAUCGUCCAUUCAUACUAGGGAAACAGAAGAACACAAGGGCUCCAGGGACGCUGCCGAGGACAGUGAGAGAAGUGUGGUUAAUCACACGGCAGUCAGAGAGUAUCAUCGAACGUCCACUAAGGAACCCCCUUUCGGAAAGGAGGCUGCGCUUAUCGAAUACAUGAUCGGCCAGUAUGGUUCACUAGUUGACAGUGUCCUUGAUCUGGGCUGUGUAGAUACGAGAUACGAGCGACCGAGAGCUGCGCCUGCCGUGCCAAAGAGAGAUUCACCAGUCUCUCUAAAGCAACGAGGCGGUAUUCCAACGAAGGUAUCAACUAGGUCUGAUCCAGUUUCGAGAAAUUUUCGAAGGCUACGUCUGGAUAUUCAGCAUCCUAAUAGGUCUGAAUGUAGGUCGCAAUCGGAUCAGGACAGUCCAGAUUGGGCCUGCAGAACAUCUCUAGCCAUUGAGGCCGGAAACAUUGGAAUGAACGGUGUACACAUGUAUAGCACGUGUUCGACGCCAGAUCAGGAGAGCCCAGACUGGGCCUGCAGAAAGUCUCUGGCCCUUGAAGCUGGAACAAUCUCGAUGGAUAGUUUACACACGUAUUCUGGAUAUUUAUCACCGAGACAUAUUUUAGAUACGGUAUGGAGCCCAAUCAAGUUGCUUCUACCAGAAGCAAGAGAGUGCAAAGCCUCGAACGAAGAGAAAUGCAGGUGGCUCUCUCAUCAACCUUCAGUAGGCAUAGUUGGGCUCACUCCGUAG